CAUUUAUUAACUGGUCGUUAACCUGCAAUGGCUGCCCCCAUUGCUCUCAUUCAAGGUGCUAGUAGAGGACUGGGGUUUGAAUUUUGUAAACAUAUCUUAACAAACAAAAGCCUUGCUUCUGUCAUAGCAACAUGCCGAAACCCGGACGGGUCGGCGGAGCUGCGGGGACUAGCAGACCAACACCCAGGCAGACUCACAAUCCUCAAGCUGGACGUGAACCAGGAGGAGGACAUCCGCGGAUCUGCUGAGCGGGUUAAAGAGAACUUCGGUCGGCUGGAUCUCAUCGUCAACUCCUCGGCGAUGCUUCACCCCUCCGGGAAAGGCGAGACUAGCCUGAGGGAUGUUUCCGCACAGGGUGUCAUUUCCACCUUGACCACCAACACAGUGGGCCCCCUAGUCAUGGCAAAAUAUUUUGCCCCUCUUCUUCAGAAGGGUGGUGGUGGUUUUGGUCAGCAGCCUGCAGAGAAAUCCAAGCAGCACAGCGGCAUCAUUGUCAACAUCACAGCUAAAGUGGGGUCCAUUGGAGACAACGGACUUGGUGGCUGGUACAGCUACAGGAUGUCUAAAGCAGCUCUCAACAUGGCUACCAGGAAUUUAUCUAUAGAGCUGUGCCGCAGUCGACCCAAGGUGGUGUGCGUGUCCUUGCAUCCAGGAACAGUCAACACCAAUCUCUCCCGGCCUUAUCACAGGAAUGUGCCAAAAGACAAGUUGUUCAGCGCUGAACAUUCAGUCAACUGUCUGAUGAGCAUCAUAAACUUACUAAGUAUUGAAAAGACUGGGAAGGCAUACAGCUGGGAUGGGACUGAGCUUCCCUGGUAGAAUCAAUAACUGG